AUGGAUUUCUCUCGCUACAACCAGGCCGAACAGGCCCAGAUCAGCGCCAUGAUUGAGCACAAGCAGAUGAAGGACUUCCUGCGACUGUACAGCAACUUGGUGCAACGCUGCUUUGACGAUUGCGCCAACGACUUUACCUCCAAGGCCAUUACUGGCAAGGAAGAAGCUUGUAUCAACAAGUGUGCUGACAAGUUUUUGAAGCACUCUGAGCGCGUUGGUGCUCGUUUUGCUGAACUGAGUCAACAGAUGGCACCCGGCCAAUAA